AUGAAGUUCGUUGAAAUUUAAAAUACCUAAUAAUUCGAUUCAUUGAUUUCUUCUUAUCAACACCCUAUUUUGGUAUAUUUCACUGCUACUUGGUGCCGUCCCUGCUUUGAGCUUUAAAGAAUGAUAGAAGAAAAACUCCAAGUUAGUUUUGGAUGGAUUGUUGCAAAAAUUAAUGUAGAUAUAGAAGAAAACGAAGACAUCAUAGCUCGUCAUGAAAUAAGUUCAAUUCCAUCAGUUUUCUUAUAUUAAAAUGGAGACAUUGUUGAAGAUAAAGAUGCAUUCUUCCAAGGCUGUAACGCUGAGGCACUUACCAGAAUGAUUGAAUUAGCUAAUAACAACUCUCCCAAACCUCUUUAUUAAGCAUCAUUAUGA